AUGGCUGAACCAGACUCUGAAAUCGCCCAUCUUCGCUCUCACUCAUGGGCAAAAAACCUCAUCUCCUCACCAGACUACAAACCAAUUGUCACUGACUCACGGCGCCUGAAGCCCUCCACGGGCGAGGACGGCUAUUUCGCCCAAACCCUCAGUACACCCAGCACGAUCCCGCAUUGCCUCACUCUCCAACGGAAUACCAUCCAACCACCCCCAGCCGAGACCCCGACCUGGCUGCCCGCAACCAAGCAAGAUGCCGCAAAGCCCCCGACCCCGUCUCCGAACCCCGCGGAUAUCGUGAUGAUCUUCGACCUCGGCAGCCCAGGUCUGUCCGGACACCCAUCCACCGUACACGGUGGGCUCGUCGCGACGUUAAUCGACGAGGCAAUGUCCCUGGCAGUAGCGGCGCACACGAAUGCCCCCAACACAGGCAUGGAUGAUAAUCCGCGGGGAGAGAUCUUCACUGCCCAGCUGGAUGUGCGCUAUAAGCAGAGGGUGAUCACGCCUGCAUUGCUGGUCAUCAAGGCACGGGUGAUUGGCAGGGUUGGUCGGAAGUUCUGGGUUAGAGCACAGGCUUUGCAGGAGGAUGAGGACAAUGGGGGACAUCUGGAGUGGGCGAAGCGGAAGGUCGUGAAGGCUGAUGCUAUGGCUUUCUGGAUUGUUACCUCUGGUUCAAAGCUCUGA